AAGUAGUUAUCUAUCUUCAUCAACAUCAUUUCUCAAAUAUACCCCUUCUUCUAACCUGGAAAACACACUCAAUGAAAGGGUUAUUUCAGUCGUAACAAAAUAGUUCACCAUCAAUAUAAGCAAUAAAACCUUUGUGCUUUUCUUCACACUACCACCUACAGGCCUGAUACAAUGGUUACCGCAAAAAAGCAAAUGGACCAUUUUACCCCUCAAACCAUUUUUCUUUCACUCCUACUCUUUCUCGUCCCCCUCUGCUUCAUCCUUCACCAACGAAAAUGGCAUGCAAACUACAGGUCGAAGCUAAACUCACAGUCACGGUCAGUAGCCCCACCCUCACCGACAGGACUUCCCAUAAUUGGUCACCUUCACCUCCUCACUGACAUGCCACAUCACACCUUCUCUGAACUAGCUCAAAAACUCGGUCCCAUAAUCUACCUCCGACUCGGCCAAGUUCCCACCAUCGUCGUCUCCUCCGCUCAACUAGCUCGACUCAUUCUCAAGACCCACGACCACGUCUUCGCCAAUCGCCCUCAACUCAUCUCCGCUCAAUACCUCUCCUUCAACUCCUCUGACGUCACGUUUUCGCCUUACGGCCCUUACUGGCGUCAAGCUAGAAAAAUCUGCGUCACCGAGCUGCUCAGCUCGAAGCGUGUCAGUUCUUUCAAAUUCGUCCGAGACGAAGAGGUGAACCGGUUGCUCACGGCGUUGUCAACUCGAUCGGGUUCAGAGGUCAACGUAAGCGAGCUUUUCUUCUCCUUGGCGAAUGAUAUCCUAUGUCGAGUGGCAUUUGGAAGGAGGUUCACGGAAGGGGUAGGGUCAGAAGGGCAAAAGAGACAUUUGGCAGGGGUGCUGACCGAGACGCAGGAGCUGUUCGCUGGGCUGUGCAUAGGCGAUUUUUUUCCCGAGUGGGAGUGGGUUCACUCAGUGAGUGGGUACAAGAAGAGGUUGAUGAAGAAUUUGGAAGAGUUACGGAGUGUUUGCGAUGAGAUAAUAGAGGAGCAUUUGCGCUGGAGAGGGCAGGAAGGGAAUAAAGAGGAUUUCGUAGAUGUUUUGUUAAGGGUGCAAAAACGGGAUGACUUGGAAGUGCCCAUUACGGAUGACAAUCUCAAGGCUCUUGUUCUGGACAUGUUCGUUGCUGGAACUGAUACAACAGCUGCAACCCUAGAAUGGACAAUGACAGAGUUGGCUAGACACCCGGAAUUGAUGAAGAAAGCACAAGAAGAGGUUCGAAGCAUUGCAGGUAGAACCGGAAAAGUUGAUGAGAGUCAUCUACCGCACCUUCACUGCAUGAAAGCUGCGAUCAAGGAGACAAUGAGAUUGCAUCCAUCGGUUCCUUUACUGGUUCCACGAGAAUCCAUGGAUGAAUGCAUUCUGGAUGGCUACAAAAUACCUGCCAAAACUCGAGUCCUGAUCAAUACCUAUGCUAUAGGAAGGGACCCAAAUUCAUGGGAGAGUCCUCUGGAAUAUAAUCCUAAGAGGUUUGAGGAUACAGACGUUGAUGUCAAGGAUCAAGACUUUAGAUUUCUACCAUUUGGCGGUGGGAGACGAGGUUGCCCUGGUUACACAUUUGGUCUGGCAACAGUUGAGAUUGCACUUGCUCGGCUCUUGUUUCACUUUGAUUGGGCGUUGCCUCAAGGAGUUGGCACUGAUGAUGUGGACCUUAAUGAGAUUUUUGGUCUAGCUACAAGAAAAAGAACCCCUCUAGUACUAGUCCCAACGGUGAACAAAGGACUAUAAAUUUAAUUGGGAUGAUGAAUUGAUGGUCAAAAGUGAGCUCCUGGGGUCACAAGAAUAAAGUAGUUCUCUUUCACUUGCUGUCGUCCAUCUGAUAAUGUUUAAUAUUUAUAACAAAGUAAAUUCUCCCCUAUGUAAUGUUUCCAGUGCUCACUGGAUAUUUCAUUCCAUAACGUGGUAAUACACUUCAAGUA